AUGCCGGGGCCUCACAGAAAAGAGAUUGUUACCCCGCUGGCAAGGUACUGGCUUGACACUUCCCAAGAAAACGGCAGCACCCGAGCUGUCGAUCCAGGGGCCCUUCGUGCCUCCAAACUCCGACACUGCGGCUCGUUCGUGUCGCACAGCCGUCGACCUCUAGAGCCACCUGCACCCCUCACAGGGGGUCCCGGUCGGCUAGGGGUCCUCUUAGAAGAAACAAAACACCAAAAGCCCCCCUGGCGGGCGCGGGCUGCCCCAAACUGGCCUCGCGGGGGCCGGGGCCGGGACCCUGGCAGUCUGGCAGAUCUGCGGUGCGGGGAGGCCGGGGUUCCGGGGGGUUCCGGGCGGCCCCGAGCGAAGAGUCGGUCAGGCCCCGGCGCCCACGCGGCCGCGCUCCCAGACUCCCUUGCGCCUGGGGCGGGCGCGGGGCGCUUUGGGGCCCUUCCGGCCGCCGCGGCCCCUCGGGCUCCCCGGGGCGCAGCCGCCCGGGCCCCGCCCGCUCGCCGCCGCCGGGGCCCCUCCGGCGCGCGGUCCCGGGGCCUGGCCGGCGAACGGGUUCCAGCGCCCGCCUUGCCUCUGCGCCCCCCGGGGGUCGGGGAGGCACCUCGCAGCGGCCUUCCAGCCUCUCACCCGCCUCCCUUCUCCCCCUCUCCCCGCUCUGUACGGGCGCCCCUCGGGCCUGGAGGAGGCCCGGUGGCAGCCGGCGCCCAGCCUCCCCCUCCCCCCCACCCCCCACCCCGGGAGGACGGUGCCCGCGCCUUCUGGCUCCCUCCGGUGGGCGCCCGCAGGACCCAGCCACGCGGUCCAAGUUGCAGUGUGCCUAGAUUUUCCUCCAAGGACAAAAAUGUGAAUAAAGCAAUAUUUUAGUCAAACAUUUCGGUGUUAAUGAAGAAGAUGGCAAUUCGUUCCGGACUAUAAAUUCUUUUUAGCAGGUCUCCAAGGCACACUACGUCAACACUCUUGGCCGGGAUCUGGACGCAGAAGACUCCUGUUUCAAGAAAAUACAAUCGCCUCUCAAAGUCUGUAAUUUAUAUGCAUUUUUAACUCACUAGGUAUUGAAAACCACCCAAGUGUCCCACAACAUGGGGUAAAAUAUAAUCACUGAGUGUAAUAUUAUACAUCCCUUAAAAAUGUUAUUGGAAAAUGUUUUAUGAUCUGUAAGACAAAAUACCCUCUCCCACCAUUUCUUUCUCCCUGCUGCUCCCCCAUACCCACGCAUCUUUGUUCCAACUGGCAUGUUCAACUUGGUUUUCCCGCCAAAUGAGUCAGUUAUGAUGGGAACGUCAAUUGAUUUGAACAGAUGUGUGUCAGUGUUACUUGGGAAACUAGAUGCCAAUAACCAGGGCCACACAAAAAGGCAGUGGUUGCAACUCCGUACAAAUUUAUGCGGGCAUGCAGACAAGGACUAAAGUGGAACCCCAAACAGGAAAACAGUUGGAUACACUCCCGUGCUGAGAGAUUGAAUGAUUGUAUGCUGCUUUUGAUUUCCUUUAAUACAGGCAACUGUCCAAUUAAAAAGACCUAAGAAGGA